AGAUUCGUACACGGCCGCGAUCUGACCGCGCGUUUUGACUUCGUCCGUCGGCUCGCCGCUCCCGCUCUGCGAAGCUAACGGCUACGGCUACAUUUACCGGGGUCACUAAGUGCAGGUGGUUGUGUUCGCUCCGUGUUCGCGUUUCCAUGUACACGCUUCGCGCUUUUUGUUUUCGUAUUAUUAAUACUGAUCGCACAAAGUUGAAUGCCCUUCUUAGUUAAAACUUCUACAUGUGCGUGAUGGUAAAUUCACAAUGAGUGAUCGCAACUUACCACUCUAAUAUUUUUAAACUUUGCCAACAAUGAGUAUCUUCAAACUACAAUCCAGUUAACAACCUUAUAUACCCACAGCGGCUGAACAGUUAACUUUGACAGAACUUCGAUCAACUUUAGUUAAUAUGGAGUGCAUUUGUUCCACGGCCAGAACAAUUCACUGCAAAAUUAUAAUGUUGGAUGAGCAUGAACUUAUUCAUGAAAUACAGGAUGGCAGUACCGGUCAGGCAAUUUUAGAUGUGGUGUUCAGGCACUUAAAUCUUUUGGAAACUGCGUACUUCGGUUUGCGUUACCUAGAUGUUGAUGGCCAACCGCACUGGUUGGAUCCUGUGAAAAAAUUGCGACGUCAACUCAGAGGCGAGGAUCCUUGCAAGUUAUACUUCGGCGUCAAAUUCUAUGCUGCCGACCCCUGUAAACUGCUGGAAGAAAUCACACGGUACCAAUUUUUUCUUCAAGUAAAGCAAGACGUUCUGCAAGCAAGACUACCGGUGUCGUUUGAGUUGGCUGCUGAAUUAGGAGCGUAUAUUGUGCAAUCCGAAUUAGGCGAUUACGAUUCUCGUCGGCAUAGUUCAGGUUACACGUCGGAAUUUCGUUUUCUAUCAAACCAAACAUUAGAAUUAGAAACAAGAAUAGCAGAAUUACAUAAGACUUUAGUAGGACAGUUACCUUCCGUAGCCGAAUUAAAUUAUUUAGAUAAAGUUAAAUGGUUGGAAAUGUAUGGGGUGGACCUUCAUCCUGUUUUGGGAGAAGAUAAUGUGGAAUAUUUUCUUGGUUUAACUCCAAGCGGAAUUAUAGUUUUACGAAACAAAAACACAGUAGGAAAUUAUUAUUGGCCACGUAUAUUAAAAAUAUACUUUAAAGGUUGUUACUUUAUGCUGCGCGUAAUGGAUAAAAAUAAUGAAGAAAGUACAUAUGGCUUUGAGACACCUUCUAAAGCUGCCUGUAAGCAUCUUUGGAAAUGCUGUGUAGAACAUCACGCGUUCUUUAGGCUGGUACAGGUUUCUCCAACAACUCCAGAUAUCUUUGCUUUGGGAUCCAGGUUUAGGUAUAGCGGCAGCACGGAGAAACAAGCUGUAAGGGAUGCUCAACUACGCGCUCGGACACCUCCUUCAUUUACCCGAACUCCUUCAAGGAGGUAUCAACGUCGUAUCCUGGACGGCUCGUCAGAUACAACACAAAAUUACGAUUCAAAUAAAAUGAACCAUUACCAACAACAAGAAAUUAAAUAUAUUUCAAUACCGCAACCCGCCCAAUCGUUCGAGAGUCCAUAUCAAGCAACUUGCACGAUGUCAGUGAAAGGAAAACAUAGAUCUGAUUCUCCCAGAAGUACCAAAAGCGCACCAUGGUCUCAGCCUCAUUCAAGAGGUCUCUAUAACACUUCCGCUCCUUCUAGUCCUCGCUCAGUACGAUCGGCCGGCGCCCGAUGUCGAUCAUCUUCUAUUGAUAGCCAAAGUUCAAAUGAAUCUAGGUCGUGUAAAGGUCGACGUAAACAUCGCAACAGAAUGACUUCUGAUAAUGAGAGUGAAUUAUCAAAAUGCUCUGGAAGAUCAUAUCGCACUCAUAGACGUCACCGCUCAAGAGGAAAUAAACGAGACCUUAGCUUAGAACGAGAUUCACAGAAGCAAAAAGUCAGAGCAUCCGAUAGUCAUUAUGAGCUAGUUGAUUCUGGUUCUCAGUGGCGCGAAAUACAAAGUAGGCAAUUGGGAGACGGUAUUUCGAGCAACAUUCAGCAAGCAAAUAUAGUCCAUAAUCGAAGAUCCGGGUACGUUAAUAGUGGAUUGGAGACGGAAUCUGAAAGGUCGUAUCGGAAUAAAACUCGUCGCCACCGAAAACACCGCUCGAGGUCCAGAUCUCCGUCUGAACGUAAAAACUGGUUGUCCGAUGAAAUAAAAAAGCAUUUAGAAUUUGAUCUCAUUGAUACUGUUGGUAUGAGCGAUACUCAACUGCGUGAAAUACCAUACACUGUUGUCCAAACUAACCAUGCCAAACAGUUGAAAAUUAAACAGUGGAGUAAAAGUGAUUUGCAAUCUGAAAAAAUCUCACGUAGCCCUCCUCCGCCAUACACGUCUCACAUUUCGGAAAUGAAUAGAAAAUCUGGUCCAUUAUCCUGCAACUCAAGGUGUGAUCAUUCCACAAUCGGAUAUAAUAAUUUAAUGAAAAUUAAUAACCAAAAUUUAGAUUCCUUGCCUAGGAUGCUAGAUUCACUAGGACUAAACGAUAACACUUGUUACAAUAACAACAGUGUUAGAGGAAAUGGCAUGCUGUAUGGGAAUCAUAUUACGUCAUUAAAUGGUUUGGGACAUGAUUUAAACGAUGUGGAUACCCCUCGAGUUAGUCAUGAGCACACUGACUCUGGUUUGGGUGCAGAGCAAGAGUGUGGUUAUGGCAUUGAUAGGUGUAGUGCAUUACAAGGUAGUAGUAGUAGUAGUAGUAAUACCAAACCAAGCAAUGGGGCAGAGAUGAGGACUGGACUGAUUUCUGUGAGUAAAAUUUUCAGUAACGAGUAUCAAGCUCUAAACUUUCACCAAGUAUAUCCUACUUACAACAACCAACCUGCUUGUAGAGCAGAAGAACCGCAUUUCAAAACCAUCAAACCUACUGUAUAUAACCAGGAUAUGGAAUGUAAAUAUGGGAUCCCAACACCGCUAAGUGAUACCUCUGCUAAGGACGACAGUCAGGGAGGCAAAAAACUUUCGUCAGACACAAAUGGAACUUCCUCUACUAGUAAACAAAACAAAUGUGAAACAAGUGAUUCUGUGGAAAUGAGUACAGAAUUAUAAUUUAUUGUUCGAAAUAAUUGAAUGUAUUUGAUGUGGUGUGUAUUUUGAGAAAGAAAUACCCAUUUACACCUCUACAGUUAAGUAAAUGUUUCGCCUGUACGAUAUUAUAUAGAUGUCUUUGUAAUUUGUAUCGAAAAUAUUUAAUCUAUUUGACGACGUUUUAUAUAUCUAUCUAGUUUGUAUACAGUCAAAAUACAUUUGUAAUUAAUUUUACACAAUUACCAAGAAAGUAAUUGCAACACUACUAUACCAGUAUUAAUUUUAAUUUAGUAAGGCCCAUGCAAAUAUAUGAAUUUUGUAAUUUGUGUAAUAUAGAGCACUUCAUCUGUCUUUUUUAAAUUUAACACACUGCAAUAAUCUAAUGUAAUAGAUAUAGUACCUAUGUUUGCUCAGUUUAGUUCCACAUAGAAUUUUCAUUCGAUUUGGCGUUACUUCACAUUGGCGAUUUUGGUUAAUGCCUCCUCUUAAUAGUAAACUGGCGACGUGUGGUGUAAAGAUUCAAAGAGAAAAACAUUGUAAACAAUUCUGGCUUUACCUUUACAAAAAGAAAAAGUCAUAUACCGCGAGCUUGGUAUAGUAGAAUAAACGCUGGA